AUGGUCAAUUCAUGCUCUAUCCUAAGUGCCCUUCUCGUCGUCGGGACUGUUGUACUUGCUGUCCCUAUCGUCCCUGAGGGUAUUGUCAGUACUGGGAUGCCUGAAGGCGCAGUCGGAUUUCAGCCAGGACGCAGAAGCAUGGAUGCAGAAUCCAGCGAACCCGGUCUCCCAAUCAGAACCAGACGCCAUGAUGUUAUUUCGCGAGAACCCCCAUCUGCUGAAGGCUGGCCUGGCUCACAAUCAUCAAGAUUAUUGCGACCUCGUGAACCCACAGUUGAGGAAAUGACAGACUUCCUCAAAGAUUGUCAUUCACUUCCCGAGAAUUACAGACAGAUGAUUGAUCAAAAUAACCGAAUGAUGCGUUCAGGAACAUCAUCCAUCUCUUUGCACGAAAGACUUGUUGCAUCUGAAACUCGCAGGAAAAUAAAGCACAUGUAUAAAAUUAUCAAGGAGUACAUACACGAGGAUGGUCCGAGUGGUACUAGUCCGGAAAAACUGACAAGAAUUCGUGACGGUUUUGAAAAAGGUGAAGAUUUGAAUAAACUCACAGAUAUUGUAGAUUUGCCGAACUACACUGCUACACCAAACUUUACCUAA